AUGUCGCUAACGAAUUAUUAUUCCAUGAUGGGGCUCCAGACCGAGGAGCCGUACGGGGCGCAUUUCAUCCCGGCAGGCUUGCAGGGUUCGACGGCGGGCUGCACAAAGCCAGCCCGGAGAGCGGAGCUGGAGGAGCAGGAGGAGGAGGAGGAGGAGGAGGGGACCGCCGGCUCACACAUUCCGGAUUUCUCGCAUUUCUCCAACAAACAAACGGGCUUAAAUGGCUUCUCUCCCUGGGCGAACACCUCCACCUCCUCCGCGCCCUCCUCUCCGCAGCUGCAGUCCACCCCCGGCGCCUCCAUCCCGGGCCUUUUCCACCCGCACCACCUCCUGAGCCACCACCACCAGCACCACCACCACCAGCACCACCACCACCAGCACCACCCGUACUACGGCCCGCAGACGCAGACCCACGCCGAGCACCUCGCGCCGUCCGACGGCAGGUUCGUCCGCUGCUGGGAGGGGGCGACUCCCACCUCGGAGACCUCGCUGUCACACGCGCCGGCCGGCUUCCCCGGCUGCGUGCCCGCUCCGGGUGACCUCUCCGAUCCCAGCCCGAGGUACGAGGCGGCUAAGCCCGAGAGUUCGCCUCCUCCUCCGCCGCCGCCGCCGCCGCCACCACCACCUCCGCCGCAGCCGCCACGCGACAGUCCCGGGGACUCCAGCUUCGCCAGCCCGACCGAGGUGGUCCUCGAGCGGCUGGAGCCCGCGCAGGACCCGGGGAGGAAGCCGGAGCCCAAAAAGGAGGACGAGGAGAGAAAAACAAAGUUCGACCCGGAAAACCCAUCAGCGAGUUGGAUCUACGCCAAGUCCACCAGGAAGAAGAGGUGUCCGUACACCAAGCACCAGACCCUGGAGCUGGAGAAGGAGUUCCUCUUCAACAUGUACCUGACCCGGGACCGGCGCCUGGAGGUGGCGGCACUCUUAAACUUGACAGAGAGACAGGUGAAGAUCUGGUUCCAGAACAGGCGGAUGAAGAUGAAGAAGCUGAUGAUCAGAGAGAGGAGGGGUGGGAAUGAAUGA